CAGCAUCACUAGAAAAAAAAAGCAGAAAAUGAACAGUGGACUUUUUAAUUAAAAAAAAAAUUGUCGAAAAAGAAACUGAUUCACCAGACACCACAGAAGAUCCUAUGGUUCGAGGAUAUCUUUGGUCCCAUCUUUGCCCAUGCCUUUGCAGAACUGGUGACUCUCCUUUGAGAGACUCUGAUGUGUGAGAGAUGUCUCAGGCAUGGAAUGGCUCAACUUCCACAGAGCUACCCCCAGGAGGAAUCAUUGUGCCAGUUGUCUUCUCACUAAUAUUUGCCCUGGGCACAGUGGGGAAUGGACUAGUCUUGGUCGUGCUACUGCGAAACGUACAGACCAAGUACAACACCACCAAUCUCUUCAUCCUGAAUCUGGGGGUUGCAGAUCUUUGCUUCAUAUUGCUGUGUGUGCCAUUCCAGGCCACCAUAUACACUCUGGACGGAUGGCUGUUUGGGGCUUUCCUCUGCAAAGCUGUUCACUUCUCCAUCUACCUAUCCAUGUAUGCAAGCAGCUUCACCCUGGCUGCCGUCUCAGUGGACAGGUAUCUUGCAAUCCGUUACCCUCUGAAGUCUAGAGAUCUUCGUACAUCUCGGAAUGCCUUGGCUGCAAUUGGAGUCAUAUGGGCCCUAUCAAUCUUGUUUGCAGGCCCUUAUCUUAGCUAUUAUCAUAUAAUCCUCUACAAUCAAGUGCCCAUCUGCAUCCCUAAUUGGGAGGACAGGAGGAGAAAGAUCAUGGAUGUCUCCACUUUUGUCUUUGGGUACCUUCUUCCUGUGCUCAUCCUUGGACUAUCUUAUGCGAGAACCAUCUGCUUCUUGUGGACAUCCGUAGACCCAGUAAAAACAGCCUCUGAAUCCCGAAAAGCUAAACACAAAGUAACAAAAAUGAUAAUUAUCGUAGCAGUGCUUUUCUGCAUCUGCUGGUUGCCUCACCAUCUGGUCAUUCUUUGCUUCUGGUUUGGUCAUUUUCCCUUCAACAGAGCUACCUAUGCUUUCCGCCUGGUUUCACAUUGUAUGUCCUAUGCCAAUUCAUGUCUCAACCCCAUCGUAUAUGCGCUCAUCUCUAAACACUUUCGGAAGAGAUUCAAGCAGGUCUUCACUUGUAUGCUUACUCAGAAACGAGCACGCAAUAAAGUCCAUGCGGUACAGGCAGUCAACACAGUAGGUGGCUUUUAUGCUGCCCACACUGAGGUGACCCAAAUUCAAGAAGAUUGUGGUCGUGCAGGGAGGAUUCCAAGAGAGGAUGCAGUUGAGAGUGGAAGCCCAGGGGAGCAGUUGAGCAGUAGAACGGGUGGUGGGAAUUGGGGAAUACGUCUUCCUAAGGCUGUAGGAUUUCAAGCACAGACAACAUAAGAGAAGCUUCUAUCUAUAAAUAGUUGGUAAACAUUUUGGUAGCAGUAGAAGCACACAAGUAAUACUGCCUUACUAAAAAUGGUCUUAAUGCAGGUACUUCUACAAUUUGUCUCUGUGACCUUAAACACAAACUUUGUACCUCAAAUAUAAAAAAAACAGAUUGUAUCUUUUUUGAAACACAGACUAAUAAUGUUCUCCAAGAAACGAAUAGAAAAAAAUAUAAUGGAUGGUAAUUUUAAAAGCGUGCAUUUAUCAGGUCUAAAACAUGAUAUAAGGGUGUACUAAUCUUUGUUGACAGCCCUUGCUAUGCUGUCUUAUGAUUCUGCCUUUCAACUUAAAUUGCUAGAAUUUCUACGUUUCUACCUGGUGUUUAAGGCCUUGCAAUGUAUAAUGCUGCUAAAUAUUUCUAAUGGCAUGUAUGUGUUGAAAUCAAGUUAUAUAUUCAUCUAUUACAAAAAAUGCUUUUUUUUUUGUUGUUGAGAGGAGUACAUUUUCCUCCAGAGUCCUGUCUAGAAGGGAAAAAUUAGGAUGAAUUAUUAUCAAUUUGUUAAUUAAUUAUGUUAAAGUCCCACACAAGUCGUGUGCAGUGGGGAUUUCAUUGAUACUUAAAGUGUAUUUUGUGUACUAUUUACAUUAAAUAUGUUGAUUUGAAUCAGUGACACAUCUUACAGUUUUACCGUAACGAUUUUAAAAAUCUUCAUACGUGACUCCAAAGCCAACUGAUUUGGAAUACCAUGAAUGUCUCACAGUAGGAAAAUUUAUUUUAUUAAUAAAAUGUAUUUUUUAGGAUUUACAUAUAAGAUAUUCAAAAUGGUUUCUGCAUAUUUAAUAUAAUAAUGCAAAUAUUUUCACAUGUAAAUUGCAGAUCUCAUUAAUACACAAUAAAAAUGCACCUGCUACAAUAAACCGAUAAGCAACCCAAAAGAACAAAAUUGAAUGCUGCAAGAUUGAAAUAACUGUGUAGUUAUCCUUUAAUUUAUAUAUUCAGAUUCUUCCUACAUAUAUAAUUACUUGCAUGGCAUGCAACAUCCAUUAUAGCAUCCAUGGCAGUCACAAUGUCAAGAUAGGCCACUAUCCUGGUAUAGGACACUUUUCUUACUAACAGACUAUUGAUUGUACUGAAAAACAUUUUCAAGUCCCAUAAACGUAUAUCUCACCAGCAGUCUAGAGUGUCCUUCAAUCUCUCAUAUUGAACCGUUUGUGGAUAUCUGUGAAAGAGGCAUCUUGUGCAUUAUGGGUACAUAUU